UUGUUAUGUCUGACUUGACUGAUUCAUUUUUCAUUCGAUUAUCCCUUCCCUUCCCUAUCUCAUUUUUCGAACUGUCAAAAAGUCCGGGUUUCUACAUUUGCGAUUAUAAAUUUCCUUUUUGUAAGGAAAUACCAUCAGCAUCACCGCACCACACAGCUCGACAAUGCCGGAACUCACGGAGCUGGACAAGGCCACUGCCUCUAUGACUGAGAAGAGGAAGGAGGAGACCGCUUCCUCGGACAGCGACUCUGACGACACCAUCCCUGAGCUGGAGGAUGCUGGAGCCCCCGGCGCCGGCGGCAUCACCAACCCCAUCGCGGGCAUCGACCUAGUCUCCAAGGCGAAGCAGUCGCGAGGCGAGAAGAAGGCCCGCAAGAUCAUGAGCAAACUCGGGCUUAAGCCUGUAUCAGGAGUGAACCGAGUGACCAUCCGCAAGUCCAAGAACAUUCUCUUCGUGAUCAACUCCCCGGACGUCUACAAGAACCCCCAGUCGGACACCUACAUCGUGUUUGGAGAGGCCAAGAUUGAGGACCUGUCUCAGCAGGCCACCAUGGCCGCUGCCGAGAGGUUCAAGGCUCCGGAGACCAAUGUGGCUGGCAACGACUCCGCUAGCACUGGCACUACCGUAGCCCCCAUAGCCGAAGAAGAGGACGAGGAGGGCGUGGACGAGACCGGAGUCGACGAGAAGGACGUCGAGAUCGUGAUGUCGCAGGCCAACGUGUCGCGGGCGCGGGCCGUGCGCGCGCUUCGGAACAACCAGUCGGAUAUCGUUAAUGCUAUUAUGGAGCUGACUAUGUAAUCACCAGAUAGUCACAACUUAACUUUACUUAGCUUUAAGUCUGCAACAACAAGGGACCGGCCUCCAGUAGAACGAAGGAGCCAGUUCCCUCAGCAUUUCUCAUAGAUCCAAAGUAGAGCCUUCUUCGCGAAGGUUCAGUGUGAUGGUUUAAGAACGGACAUACCCGGGGUGUAUAUAGGCAUAUUUUACUUGAUGUAACAAUUAAAUAUUGAUAAAUUC